UGCCCAUUACCACUAUCGAAUAUCGACUGACGCGACCCAUCUCUCGAGCAUCGAAACCAGCCAGUCAUGAGCUCGUUGACAGCGAUCAGUGUCAGAGAGGGAGAGGUAGCCCUCGCAAACCUGCCCGAGCAAGUUGGAAAAAUGCAAGCUCUCUUGGAGGCAGAGUUCGCGUACACAAGCCUGGCGGACAUCGAAAGCGGGUUCAAGCAACUCCUAACCAGCUCGGGGGGAAGCGCAACCGAGAAUGCGAACAUGGGGGCUCUGCUGUCCACCGUCAGGAACGAGGUGACCCAGACCAUGAGCAUCCUUCUGGCCCUCAAGAGAUGGAUCCGGGUGCAGGUGCCCAAGAUCGAGGACGGCAACAACUUCGGCGUCAGCGUGCAGCUCGACGUCGCCAAGGGGAUCGACGAGCUCACGACUCCCGUGGCGAGCAGCCUCGGAGAGAUGCCGGGCUACUUCGAGAGCCGGGCUUCGGCGUGGGACAAGAUCGGGAACAAGAAGUCCAAGGAGAGCAAGACCUCAUCGUCUGCAUCCAAGGACACCGGGGGAAAGGACGGGGACUCUUCCAAGACCUCCGAGUCCACCAGCACCGAAGAAAAGACUUCCGAAUCUUCCUUCGCGCCUGACUCGGCCAACCACCUCAUCGCCCUCGACGUGAAGUGGUUCGUUUCCCUGCACCACACCCUGCUGAGAGCCAGGGAUUCUUUGGUCCUCGCCGCGGACAUGAUCGAGAAGAACAUGGAGAAGCUCUUGCGUCCCAAGGGUACCAACACGCAGGGUGGUGGCAUGUACUCGUUCUAACACCUUUUUAGCGAGCGGCAAUGAAAGGGGAUCUUGGACUACACUAUAGUAGUUCGUGCAUCUCAUAGUUCGUGCAUCUCUUGCAAGCUGUUGGGGGACGUGUUUGACUAGUAAUGUGUGGUUUUAGGUGUUCUCGGUGGAUAGAUUGAGAAUUGGGGGGGGGGGAGGGAGGGGGGGUACGCCUGAGGGCAGGGAUACUCAGACGCUAAUAGGUGAAUCGCGAUACGAUCGUUCACCGCACUCACUCAAGGAAAAUCAAGGUUCAGACUUGUUUGGAAUCCGCGGCUGGCUUCAGUGUGAGCGAAAGACGACAGCAGUUAGUAGUUCAAGUCGGGAGUCGGCCAUUGCGAUUGUUAUGUCUCCCGCUUCCCUCUGUGUUCGUUUGUGUACGCAGUGCGUAACCUUGGUUUUGAAACGUCUGCAGAGUGUUUGGACUUCCGAUGUAUGCACUUGAGCAAACCAAAGGGUGGCGAGAUCUGGGUUUCCCAUGGAGGCUCUUGUGUUUGUAUAUUCAUGUAAGACGAAAAACUAAAAAUAUGAAAUUGCGUUUCCCCUUUGGCAUUUGACGUACGGUUUGGUCCACAGCCAACACCGUACGAGGCGAAAAGCAGUAUCCAACACAAGUGCCAGACAACUGUGGUACAUAGCAUAGAAUCAAUCCAGCGCGUGCUUAAAUUCAGAAACGCCGAGAGAAUUGUAUUCUGUGGCCGAAAACAGCACCGGGUUGUCCUCGGCUGUUGUACAGAGCGGAGAUGAACACGAGCGUGCGCUUUGGUUUGCGAGGAAUUGAUACGGGCUGAGGGAGCCA